UCAUAAUAGCAUUAUGGAAAUUUAUAACUAUGUCAACAGGAACAAAGGUUUAAUUUGUAGUCUUCAUGACAAUGAAAAUUGUAGCUUUAGUUAUUUCGGCGACGAAGCUGGCCGGAAUAUUGGCAACCAUCACCGUGGCUGCUAAUGCCUUUGCAUUCAACCUUUACCGGAAAAAGAACCUCAAGCCAUUCAUUUCUCCUAUCGACGAAAAUUCCGACACAGUUGCCAUUUUUAACAUCAAUGCAGCCCAUGGGGAAGAUGAGUUCUUUUUUGGAUUGGCAACGGCACCAGCCCACGUCGAAGAUAGACUGGACGAUGCUUGGCUCCAGUUUGCAGAAGAUGACCACAGUGACAAACAGCAACACGUAGAUUCUAUAAUGGCUUCUUCUGCUAGUAAUGGUAUAUGCCAUCAAGCUCCAUUGGCGAUGAUGGAUGUUGAGGAUACCAUGAAGAUAUCCAGGGAAGCUAAAACUAAUGGAAUUGAGAAGUAUCUAAAAGAGGAAGAACCAUUUUCAGUUCCUAAAGAAUCGCGUCAUAAUGUAGCUGCCUGGCACAAUGUUCCACAUCCGGAGGAGAGGCUAAGGUUUUGGUCUGAUCCUGACACAGAACUAAAACUGGCUAAAGAAACUGGCAUAAGUGUCUUUCGGAUGGGAAUUGAUUGGACAAGGAUCAUGCCAGAAGAGCCUGUUAAGGGUCUCAGAAAAUCUGUAAACUAUGCAGCACUGGAGAGAUAUAAGUGGAUCACCAGAAGGGUUCGUUCUUAUGAUAUGAAAGUGAUGCUGACUCUGUUCCAUCAUUCUCUGCCGCCAUGGGCUGCCAAAUAUGGAGGAUGGAAAUUAAAGAAAACUGUUGAUUAUUUCAUGGAAUUUACCAAACUGGUUGUUGAAUGUUUGUCAGAAAUGGUGGACUACUGGAUAACAUUUAACGAGCCUCACAUCUUCUGUAUGCUCACCUAUUGCUCUGGUUCUUGGCCUGGUGGUAAACCUGACAUGCUAGAGGUUGCUACUUCGUAUCUACCUUCAGGUGUGUUCAAUAAAACCAUGAAUAAUAUGGCAAUUGCUCACACGAAGGCCUACGACUAUAUUCAUCAACAAAGUUUCAGCAAAGGAUUAUCCACAUCAAAAGUUGGAGUAGCGCAUCACGUGUCAUUUCUGCGUCCAUAUGGGCUCUUUGAUAUUGCUAAUGUUUCAAUUGCCAAGUCAUUAACUCUCUUCCGGUAUCUGGAUAGUAUAUGCAACAAGUUGGAUUAUAUAGGGAUAAAUUACUAUGGACAGGAAGUAGUAGCUAGGACUGGACUGAAGCUGGCAGAGACAGUUGAAUAUGGUGAAUCAGGGCGCGGGAUAUAUCCAGAUGGUUUAUUCCGUGUGCUUCUGCACUUUCAUGAAAGAUACAAACAUCUAAAUGUACCAUUUAUCAUUACUGAAAACGGUGUUGCAGACGGGACAGAUUUGAUACGACGACCAUAUAUGUUGGAACAUCUAGUUGCAAUUUAUGCAGCUAUGCUAAAGGGUGUCCGUGUCCUUGGUUACUUGUUCUGGACUGUUUCAGAUAACUGGGAGUGGGCUGAUGGAUAUGGUCCAAAAUUUGGACUUGUUGCAGUUGAUCGACUCAAUAAUCUUGCACGUAUCCCACGUCCAUCGUAUCAUCUGUUUUCAAAAGUAGCAACUUCAGGUAUAAUCACACGUGAAGAUAGGAAGCAAGCAUGGGAUGAACUUCAAAGAGCUGCUAGAGAGAAAAAAACAAGACCAUUUUACCGGAUAGUUGACAAAUAUGGUUUAAUGUAUUCCGGAGGCCUCGAUGAACCUACUAUGAGGGCUUAUGUGGAACGCGAUUGGCAGUUUGGUCACUAUGAGAUGGAAUAUCUGCAGGACCCUUUGAGCUGUUUUUUUCGAUGGCUUCUCCAACCUUUCUCCACCUGCAAAAAAAUGAAAGCACUUCAGGAUGAUGAUGAACUGAUUCUCUAAACCUUUAAGAUGCAAUUCCCUGUGAUCAUUGCUGCUAAUUGACAUCGCAAUUUUGCAGUUGCUUGAAGCUACAAUAUUUGCUUAAUUCAAGUUCAUUAGGCCGUAGUUCAAGAUUUUAAUCAACAGAUCAAGCUGAAAAUUUGUAAAAGAAACUUCAACAUAGUUUCAACUAAAAGCCAGGAAAAAAUAUUAUAAGAAUCUUGGGCAAGCUGACAGCUUUGGAGCAACAGACUUGCGAGAUUCCCGGGCAUGGUGUGCCUCAACGUGCACCAAGACCCGACAUUGUUGACACUGCCGAGGUUUCAGUUAUAUUCAUGACAAAAACUAAACCAGUAAAAUUGAUUCCGGUG